CUACCAUACUAAAUUUAGAAAAUAAUGUGGGUAUUUCACCAUACUAUUAACUAUAAGAUCUAAGAAACUAUUGAAUUUUUUUCUUAAAGAAGAAAGAGGCACCUUGAGAUAGAGGAAAAAUAUUGCAUCACGAAUUAAUCGUAUUAACUGAAAGUUUUCAUCUAGAUUAUAAUUCCAAUAACAGGAUAAUGGCAAGUGAAGUUUUAUGUAAACCGGACCCAUCAUACAUCAUGGAUAUUAAAACUCCAAGGCACAAUUUUCUUUCGGCUCGUUAUAAACAAAGUUUUGCCUAUAAAACAAUGAAAAUCCGACUGCCGCAAAUACUACAAAAUACUAUUGGAGACAUAACAAAUAACUGUGAUAACAUAAUCGCUGAAUUUGGAGAGGUAAUGCGAAAGGAUAUCCUUACUAUUGUAGACAAGAUUUUACAAUUAAAAUGUGAACUGGAAAACGAUCACAUUAUGGAAAUAUUUGAGGGAAUCGAUGGUGACAAGAGGCUUUGGAAUAGUUUUCUUAACGACCUGGACGAUGACUCAAACACGUUUUUUAAAGCAUGUUGGCUAUAUUCUGAAUGCUAUGUAUACCGACGUUUAUAUUACUUCUUUGAAAAUCAUAAAGUACUUAAGGCAUACGACUAUUUUUCAAAAAACAAGCAAAAUGCCUUUGUAAUUAGCGUAGAACCGAUGCUUGAAAUUAUUUAUGGUCUUGAAAGCAUGAAAUCCUACAUAUCCGAUGAUAAUUUACAAAUUUUAUUGAAGCUCAAUUUAUGGGGAAACCGCUGUGAUUUGUCCAUAUCUUCGGGCAAAGAAGUAAAACUUAAUGGAAAUCCUUUCGAACUUGUUAAAAACUUGGAUAAAAGAGUCAUUAUUGAUGAAAGCUCCCAAGUUAUUGAGAUCUUGAAAUCAGCAGACCGGCGAAAUGACAUAGUUAUUGAAUUUAUUUGUGAUAAUGCUGGUUAUGAACUUUUUACUGAUUUCAUACUCGCCGACUAUUUAAUCGAAAGUAAAUUAGCUGACAAAGUUCGAUUUAACUUAAAAGCUAUACCUUGGUUUAUAUCAGAUGCAACAAUCAAUGACUUUCGUUGGAGUUUACAAUUUAUGAAGGAUCAUGCUACGUCUGUUUUACGAGAGUAUGGAAAAAAAUGGCAAAAGUUUGUUGUAGAAAAUAAAUUCGAAGUGGCUAAUAUUAACAAUUUCUGGACAAGUCCCUAUGAAUAUUAUAGGAUGUCUGAAAUCGAUCCAGAUUUAUAUAAAAGGCUGUCUAUAUCACAUUUAGUAAUUUUCAAAGGCGAUCUUAACUACCGGAAACUUAUCAGCGACUUCUCCUGGGAUUUCACAGAAUCGUUUGAAACAUGUCUGAGAGGUUUUCUGCCGACAAAUAUUUGCAGUUUACGUACGGUUAAAGCUGAUGUGAUUUGUGGACUUUUAGAAGGGCAAUCCGAUAUUUUAGAAAAGGAAAGUAAGGACUGGAUGAUAACUGGUGAAUAUGGCACUAUACAAUAUGCAAACAAAAUCAAAUAUUUAAAAGAUACGUAAUAAGAAGUUAUCAGUUUAACUAAUUUCUAUGUCAUGUUUGACAUUUUUAAAAUAA